CGUAUUACAUUGAAUGAUGACGCCGUUUGAUCAUUAAAAAAAUCUGCCGUUAAAAAAAAAAUCAGAGAAUUGGGUCAGCAAACAGCACGGUAUGAAUGUAACUCCCGUGCGUUCGUUCGGUGGUUCAACUUUGACAAAGAAGCCCCCGCUUUGGCGUGAAGUAACCUGCUCCGACGGGGAGAGAGGGAGAUGUCCGGUGUUUUCCAGCAUCUGCCAACGACAGCCGUAGCCGUUUGACCGGUCCGUCUGUCUGUCUGCGUCCCUCGGCUGGGUUUGGGAAGACCCGUUUGCCCGGAUAACGUUAACGCUGCUGCGGUCCCGGGCCAGGCUCGGGUCUGAGCGGUUAGCCGGGGGAAAGCAGAGACGCCGACAGAUACCACCAGAGAGGAGCUGAGAGCUGCUCUGCUGAGACCCAGGAAAUCACUCCUCGCCUUGUCUCGACAGCCUGGUAGCAACACAGUGCACAUUUCAGUACUUCCAAAAUACAGAAUUCAAGGACUUUAAAGUGGGAGCACGUUUGCUUGCGAUAUGCGAGUCUCGGCAGUUCUGCCACGCAUCUAGUUUUGCCGGAGAAGUAAAAAGUUUGGUUUGACAAUGUCGAGCCGCCGGAAAUCCACCACACCUUGCAUGGUGGUGCCCUCUGAUGUGGUUGAGCAGGAGCAAGAGGAGGUGGAGGAGAAAACAGAGAAAACGAAGGAGGAAGACGCUGGGGAGGAGGAGGAGGGAAAGGUGAAGGAGGGAACGGAGGAGGGGCUGACUGCAGAGGAGCUGGGGCAGGCUGUAGUUGUUGUUCCUGUUCCACCAGAUUCAGAUGAACCUGGUGUAUCUACUGUAGACAACAGAGAGGCUGUCGGUCCGUCACUGAAAAGCAGCACUACAAAUCCUCCUGAGGAUCUGAGCAGCGACCAGCCCACCCACGAGCAACAGUGUGACACCCCUGAGGAGGGGGGAGCAGACCCCGCUGCAGUUGCUGCCAUCUCUCUCAGCAAGACCCCGAUCAUGAGGAUGAAGACCAAAUCUGAACCCAAGAGAAUCGCUGUGUCCCUGAAAUCGGCAGACGAGGCAGCGGAGGCUUUUGGAGGAGGUGGCGAUGGAGAGUUGGGUGGGGAGCAGGAACCCAUUGAAGCUCCUCCGGGGCCGAUGACGCCUGUGGAGAUGCUCAUGCACGACUCCAUGAAGCUCGGGGGAGGCGGCUUGCUGAUCACCCCUCAGUUUGAACAGCAGAGGAAGUCAUCCAUUUUAAAUCCUACAGUCCUGCCUGCUGGUCUGGCACAGGUGCUCUCUGCCUUCCAGGCCCAGCAAAACACAGCAGCAGUUCAGCCCCAGCUGCUGAUUCCACUUAGCAGCAUCCCCUCCUACAGUGCCGCUAUGGACACCAACCCUCUGCUGGGCACCACAUAUAAGAAGUUCCCUUACCCCUCCAUGGCUGAGAUCAGCAGCCUGGCAGCACAAACACAGUUCACAGAGGAACAGAUCAAGGUGUGGUUCUCAGCUCAGAGGCUGAAGCACGGUGUCAGCUGGACUCCAGAAGAAGUGGAAGAGGCCAGGAGGAAGCAGUUUAAUGGCACGGUGCACACUGUGCCUCAGACUAUCACUGUCAUACCUGCUCACCAGCUGUCGGCUGCUGCUAACGGCCUGCAGUCCAUCCUUCAGACCUGCCAGAUAGUGGGCCAGUCUGGCCUCGUGUUCACACAGGUUGGCCCAGGAGGCAACCUUCCAGUGACCAGUCCCAUCACCCUGACAGUGGCAGGGUUGCCUAGCCAGUCCCAGAGCUCCAGCAGAGUUUCCUGCCAGCCCACCCUGACAAACAGUGAGCUGAAGCGGGCUACCACUAUCCAGCCUCCCUCUCUUUCACCACAGGAGAACUCAGCCCUCAGUGUUGACACAUUCAGCAUGCGACCUAAGAAAUCCAAAGAGCAGCUGGCGGAGCUGAAAGCCAGCUACCUGAAGAACCACUUUGUCACAGAUGCCGAAAUUGCCCGAUUGAUGAAACUUACCAACCUGACGAAAGGGGAGAUCAAAAAGUGGUUCAGUGACACCAGGUACAACCAGCGCAACUCCAAGAACAGCCACGUCAUCGUGUUUCACGACGGAGGUGGUAGAAGCGGGGGCACAUGUAGCAGCGCUGCUAACACCACCAUUGUUAUCGACUCCAGCGACGAGACCCCGACAUCACCCCAUCCUCCACGUACACCUCCCGUGAAGGAGAAGGAGACCCGUCCCAAAACGUGGAACCCGUUUCCGGACUUUACCCUGCAGAAGUUUAAGGAGAAGACGCCGGAGCAGCUUGUGGUGCUGGAGGAGAGUUUUGAGAAGAACACCACACCUUCAGAUGAAGAGCUGAGCCGCCUGAGGACGGAGACUAAACUGACACGGAGGGAAAUUGACGCCUGGUUCACCGAGAGACGAAAAAUGCCAUCCGUCAGCACCUCGUCUCCAGAUUCCUCUGAAGGAGGAAAAAUAGAAACAGAUGGAGCAAAAGCAGGAGAAGGGGGAGGAACAGGAGCAACGGCCUCUUCUUCACCUCCUGCCUCCUCAUCUCGAAAAGGUAGUCAAACUCCUCCUGGGAAUCGCACCAAGCAUUUGCCCAGCAGCAACAAGAAGGACAUUAAGGACAAGAGUAAAAAGACUCCGGAGCAGCUCCAUAUUCUGAAAAGUGCCUUUGUUAGGACCCAGUGGCCCACACCAGAGGAGUACGAUCAGCUGGCAGAGGAAAGCGGCCUUCCUCGCUCCUACAUUGUCAGCUGGUUCGGAGACUCUCGGUAUUCCUGGAAGAACGGAAACCUGAAGUGGUUCUUUCAAUACCAAAGUGGCAACAUCGAAGGACCAAACAGCGGAGGUGGGAGUAAACUGGGAAGCGGCAGUCGGAAAAGACGUGGACGAAAUCGUGGGUGGGGACGAUCCCGAACCAGGAAGCAGCCAAGAAGGUCCACCUCUUUAAGUUCGGAUGUCGACAGGCCAACCCCAUCAAAGAAGUUCAAGACUGGGAAGGAGAUCCUGAAGGAGUACUACUUGAAGCACCACUUCCUCAAUGAGCAAGAUCUGGACGAGCUUGUCACCAAGACCAACAUGAGCUAUGAACAGGUGAGGGAGUGGUUCGCUGAGGUGCAGCGACGCUUGGACGGGGGGUUAGAUCCUUUCCUGGAACCGAGCGCACAGAGGACUGAUGGAGACGAAGGAACACAGGAGGAUGGAGAGGAGACGCAGGGAGAGUCAAUGGCCACCGACGAGCAGACAGGCGCAGGGCAGGGAGAUGAAGAAGAUGAGGAGGAGGACGAGGAGGAGGAUGGUGAUGACACAGACGACAGUGAGGUUUGGGAGCCAUCACGCAGCGUCAAGAAAUCUUUGUCCGUUUCUGAAGACUAGCAAUUGUGGGGAAGUAGGGUGAAGCUUAACUGAAUGUUACAAGAAAUACUGUUUGGAGGAAUCAACGCUGGACGGCAGUUAGCUAGACCAAGUGUUUUUAUCCCCUGAUUUGCAUGUGUAGUUCUCCACAUUCAUUUGCUCUUCAAGCUGUUUCCGAGUCACGUCUAUGUGACACUAAGACACGGACUAUUAGCUUUAGCUCAAUCUCUCACUGUAACUAAGGUGAAAACAAGAAUCCGACCCCACACAGAGGCACAUGAAACUUUGAUAACGCUUAUAAAGCAGCACCUACAUAAUGUUUAUAAAGAGGAAUGGCGUGAAAUACAAUCUUCAAGCUGAGCUGAGGAUGACAACUGUCAGUGAGAUAGGUAUCCAAAAAUAUGUUGAAUCCAAACACAUCCAUUAAACCCUUUUUAUUUUUAUUUUUUAAAGGAAGCAAACUGUCUAAACGACAGAUUUUGCUCCUUUCUAAUUUGCACUCCUUGCCUGCUUAAAUGAAGCUACUAAGCUGCCCCCUUUCAGACACUGAUGCUGCUUUUCUUCUGGAAGGAGUGUUUGAUAAGUUGUGAGCAAGGGCCUGAAUUCAAAUAUCAAUUUGUAAUUCUGUGAAUGCCCACCCUCCUCUGAGCAGUUGUACUUAAAAAGGUGCUUGAAAAUGUAUUGCAGCUAGAUGUCACUGCUGAGCAGUGUGUCCAGUGAAACCAGCACAUGACUGUGGGAUUUCAUUUUACCUGUUUUUUAGCACCUGUGAAGAGCAGAUCAAGAGAAUCAGCAGGUUAUUCGAGCUGACAUGAAUUUGAUGAUCUGUGUGAAAUGAUAUGAGAAAAAAGUACCUUAAUGCUGAAUGAAUGCCAAGGCCAGGCAUUAAAUAACACAGGAUGUCUAUUCAAGUCUUCCCUUUAUACUUGCUCAUUAUUUCUUUACUCUUAUAGAUUUUUAACAUAACACCUACAGGUCGGAUGGGAAAGAAUGCGUUUAAUAUGCACUGCUUUCACAUUUUGAUAAAACACCUCCUGUGAUCUGUUCUGACCUUUUUAAAGGGGCUUGUGUAGAUCAUGAGAAUGAGAGCGUUUAUGUGAAGUUGAAUGUGUUGUCUUCUGGGCAGUGAGCUACAAAGGCACCAUUUGUGCACUAAAUAAGGGCCACUGGGAGAUGAACCUCUGGUUCCAGUGAAAUAACAACACAGACGCAAAAACUUUGCUGCAGUGUUUUACUAGUGGUGACCUGUACGUUUCCCUAAAAUCGUGCAAAUAAAAGCAAGUUCUCACCUUAACAAGACUGCAGUUAGCACCACAUCAAUGAUAUGAGGCCUGUGAAUCACGAUGGCUCUGACUCGUACUUUAGAAAAAUAAAAGCAAAAACAGUUAGGCAGUAUUUCAAAUAACAAUCUGACUCCUUUCUGCACUGAAGAGAGAAACCUGAAGCACCUAAAGUAAACUUUAAAAAUCAAUGCACUUUGUCCACUUGUGUUCAUAGUGGACUAAAUACUGAUUAGGCACCUUAAUCUCAUUUAAUUCCAUGAAAUGGAAGACCAAAUCUGUUUUGUAUGACUACAAACUGAACCAGUGUUUUGCCUUUUUUUUAUUUGUACUAACCUGGAAUGUUACCAGUUUAAUCACUUUUUUAAUAAUAUAUUUGUUUCAUAGUUGGAUGUUUAUAUGGCUGAAAAUAAUAGAACAAUCACCCAACAUGUUGUUUCACUAAAUUGCACAAUUUGAGCCCAAUUUUUCAAGAUUUCUUGGUAUGAAAAUGCAUUUGCAUUAUAUGACUUGUAAUCCUGUUGUUGCUUUAAAUCAAGGGAACCGUUUCCCGUGUUGUCUCCCUCUUGUUUCUACACGCCCCUGCCCGCUGCUUUACCCCUCUCCUCCUGUGUUGUUUGUCAAAUAAGUGACUAUUACAUGACGCGCACUUCCCAAGGUGUAAACAUUAGCGGCGUUGUAUUGGCUCUCUGUCUCGGUAAAUUGUCUGCAGCGUAAGCAGGCACAGAGGCAAAGGGACUGAAAACUGAAAAACGCUUUGGAAAACUAAAAGACGUUCUUGGAUAAAGUUGCUUUCUCUCAUCGGAGGAAUCGUUGUGAUGAAGACGCGGCACAGCUUUCCCUCUGCGGCGAGAAGACUACCAAAUAAAGCUCCACUCUCUGUUUUCUUGACUCUUUCAAACUCUUUGCGAACUGUCCCGACUGCUGUUCUUCACUGACAGGAGAGAGAAACCGAUGAAGCUUUGCAGGUUAACCUUUGUGCCUACGUGGCUCGUCGCUUGUUUUGAACAGAAUUUCACCAACUCUCAACUUUGGAAAUCAGUAAACUUAAGGAAGGAUUGUUCAAACUAAUGAUGAUGCAUGAGCGAGCUCUGCUUUCUGCUGACGCUGUUAGAUGCCUAGCUACACUGAAGCUAACAUUGGUAACUUCAGUUCUAAGUCCUUAAACAGACACCUUGAAGUUCUGAAUUUUGAUAGUGUUUAGAACGUAUCCCCGGGCACUUGUCGCACUAGAAGUCACUGCGGUUAGAUUUCCAACAUCUUUAGCUUUAAUCCAGCUGAAACCUUUUAUCUGUUUGGUCAUCAUAUGACGAGUGCCUGGUCAUGAAAAUAACAGAGUCACCGUUUUAAAGAAUACUUUUGUCUAAUACUGCAUGCAAUAACCAAGACAAACAACAUUUGUACAUAUUUGGGGUUGGUAUACUUGGCACAGUAGAAGCCUCAUCCUGGUUAAACUGAAAAUGUAGCUUAAAAAUGCGAUUCGAGGACCUGUUUUCUUUUGAAAAUGUUGCUCAAAUCACUGGAAUAUUUGCUAAGUUUGAGCUACUUUUAGUUUAGAGGGGCUUAUUUUAAUGACUUAUUUCUAUUUUGCACAACAUUUUUUUUAAAAAAACACCCCAAGUGCAGCCGUUUUGUGCUCUUUUCUAAGCAUUUAUGAUCUCAUAUGCUAAUGUCUAUACAUGGUACAAAAUGGCAGUCAGUACUCAAUUUAGUCUACAGGUUAGGCUUCAUGCUGCCCCCAGGUAUCCAGCCCACAGUCUUUUACAGUGUGCUGUUUCAUUAUUAUAGUCGAUCUGUUUUGAAUGGUUUUUAUAUGUUUCUAUCUAUGAAAACUGUCAUUGCAACUCUAUCCAGUCAACAGUGGACUUCCUGUUAGCAAGACAGGCUCAAUAUGUACAAUAGAUUAGUGUUUUUAAUUAGAAUCAGUUUUAGAGUUCACUGUGCACAAGUGGCUUUUUGGUACUUUGCAAAAAUGUAGAAUCAUAACUCAAGAGAAAAGACAUGCAGUCAGCUGGAUUAAUGUUUGAAUGAAUUGUGCUUGCUAAUAGUGUGUUCAUAUUUGAGGUGCUAAUUAGAACACAACUAAUGAGCCAGUAUUGUUUUCUUUUAGACAUAGAAAAUCGCACCUAAACAUUCUCUGAACAUACAUAGUUAUAAGUCCUUAUUAUGAUAAAAUGACAGUGCAGAUUAUAAACAUGGGAAGUUGAGAGUGCCCUCUGGUGGACAAACUGUGCAACGUCAGGACUCAUAACAUGAUUGGUUCUCCUGCCUUUUCUUUGCAUUUUAGUUUUUAUUGACUAAAUAUAAAUGCUGAUACCAGUAGGUCAGCAAAUCAUUAACAUUGACCAGUAUUGAUCGAUCAGGCUCAAAUGUUAAUCCUAAAUUACUUUAUAAACAUGCAGUCAGAACCAUAAAUAUCUGGACACUGGCAUGUUUUUCUUUUGUGUUAAUGUACAGCACCACAGUUCAAGUUGAUUUUAAAUCAAGCAAUCUAGAUGUGAUGUAAGUGCAGACUUUCAGCUUUAAGUUAAGGCAUUUAAAGAAAGGAUUGUAUUAAUGGUUGUACAGUUUUACAGCAUUUGAGUGUAUCUGAGAGGAGAGUACAACCCUGUAGACUUUAAAAUUCAUUCUACUAAUUCUGUCAGCAGUCACAUCAUCAAUAAAUAUUAGUGAUGUGGUCCCAUUAGCAGCUGUUCAAAGAUGUUUUCUGGUAAAGUCUAAUCUGGUCUUGCAGUUCUUGAAGCUAUAAAUACACAGAUGUGUAGCUUAUGUCGAGGCUGCCGUGUCUUUUCACUGAGUUAUGAUUUUAUAUCCAGCAUUCAUCACGUAUCCCAGUUAACCUUGUGCUGUAGAGCUAAAAGCUAACGUUGUGAUCUGAGUAGUUUACCUGCGGUCCUAUUACGCUCAUAUGUCAUAUCUGUACCUGCUGUACUUCUGCUAUAGUCCUCACUUGUUUUCUGUAUUUAAAGGUAGUUAGCUGAAUGUUUCUUACAGCAAUCCAGAUGUUUUCACUCUACAGCUGCCAGCUUUUUGGUUUUAGAAAAUACACGUUGUCAGAUUUGAAAAUAACUGUGGACAUGAAUUGAUUUUUUUCUAAUCUCACUGUAAAGUUUUUACCUUCUGUAUUCUGAUCAGAUUUUUCCUUCAUGUCGGUGCGGUUUGCUUUGGAUCCCAAAUGUUUUCUUUUCUGCAUCAGUACUCUGUGUACCUUCAGAUCUGUUUUUGCUGAUUCAUGACAGUGUCUGGAUGUAAUUAGUUACAGUUGUUUCUCCACAGACACAGAUAAUGCAGGACGAACACAUGUACGCUCCACUUUAACCAGUGGUUUGAAGCCAUUUCAAUAUAUCGCUCCUAAAUUUAACUGCGGUACCGACUCCUAUAGCUGUAAAUAAUCUCCUGAUAGGCUUUGACUGGAGAAGAUUCUCUGAAUGAAACUGACCUACUGAGGCUUUUACAAAGUUGAAAUCAGUGUUACUCUGUGUCUGUGGAACCAACAUUUCCACUAACUUAAAGUUUCUGUGAUGACCUUUGAUUAAUCCUGGUGUGUGUGAUUGUUUCUCCAGUGUUGCUGUAGAAGGCUGAAAAUACUCUCUGUGGUCCCUGCACUCCUCAGCUUGUAGCUAGCAGCUGUGAGACAUGAAAUGUGUGCAAUGUUAAUUUAAAAUCCCAGCUGUUAUUGAGGCUCUGGCUUGAUAGGUUGAUUUAGAAAAGAUUUAUAUUUUAUACUUGUUUGAGGACAAAACCCAAUAAAUUUGGAUCAAAGGAUGUGAACAUGUGAGAAGCAUUUUGCUUUAAAUAAUGAAACAUGAAGUUUCAGGACAUUUAAAUUCAGAUGUUGUGCAGAAAGUCUGGCAUAGUGUCCUGUUAAAAAUGAAAACAUAAAUUCUUGUUUGCCUACAUAAUGAUCCAGCUGUGGAAAUGUCACUGAAAACCUAUUCACACAGCUUCCACUGGUGAAGUAAGUUUCCUGGUAUGCUAAAGUAUUUGCACGUGGAUGGAUGCACAAUGUAGUUUGAACAUGGUGAUCAUAACAGUCGUGGUAUGUUCACACCUGCAAAUCAGAUCUAAAAGUCUGGGAAUGCUUUGCCUACUGAACAUAACAGCCUCACUCUGAGUGUAAACAGGAGAAAUGAAUAUUUUCAUGUUUUCUGCUGUGAGGGAAGUGACAGAAAUACAAAUCCAGCUCUGACUCAGAGAGGGGAUCAUAUCAACAUCAGUGUGUCUACAGAAAACUCCAGAGUGAGGGUAGAAGUCUUUUCUUUCUCUUAUUAGAGGACACAUUUGUGCAAAGAGUCUAAAGUAAAGAUGCUGUGGAGUCUGUUGUUCAUCACUUUGAUUGGAAGAUCAACUCAACAGGAUCCAGUUACAUCAUCAGGAUGUAGUCCAGGAUGGGAAACUAUCAAACUGGAUGACAAAGUGGCAUUUCAGUCUUCAGUCUACACAGUAAAUGGUCUCACAUACUCUGCUGACAGAGCUUUGGAUGGAAAUAAAGCAACAUGUUCUAACACUGUAGAAAAACGCCCAUCAGCUGGUGGACAGUUGACUUAUUGGGUCUAUAUGAAAUUUCCUGCAUCACCAUUUACAACAUAAAUCAACACAAUGUUGAUCUAAGAGACGCUCACAUCCUCAUCGGGAACUCAUCUGAGAGAAAUGCUGCUGACACCACUGAGUGUGCAACAAUCAACACAACUACUAGUGGAGAAAAUAAAACAUAUAACUGUGAAAAUGGACCAAAGUGCUUCACACACUGCUGAGUAUUUGUAAAUGUGUGCAUGAGGGCAGGAAUGCAUGUUUGUGUCUGUGUGAGCCUGUUUCUCUAAGUCUAUGUCAGGCUACCCCCAGGUGUGGGGCCGAUCUCACCACACUCCAUACCAGUGGUUGAUGCCCUUAGACAUCGGUGCGUUGGUGGUUCUCGGUGUCCAGGGCUGGGCACUUAGGUAUGUACUGGGCCACUCCCGGUGGCUGUUUGGCGGGGCCUGGCGCCCGUUGCUCGGUCGGGCCCCUACCAGAAGGCAGGGGCCCUCAUACCUUGGGUGGCUGGGCCUGGCACUCUGCCGCAGCUGGCUGCCAGCACAGCCUGCGGGCACGUCACUGCAGCCCCCUGUAGCUUCUGCACCGUGGCUGAUUGGUGACCUGUGUGUUGCUCAGUAACAUUCAAUAUUUUUUUAUUUACUCGUACUUAUACUUAUGUAGGUUGUUGCUGUGGUCUCCCUACUGUGUUGUUCUCUUUUUGAUUGUUUUCUUUUUCAUGUUUUUUCCAGCAGGUGAUCCAGCGGAUUUUUUAGUGUCUUCUCUCACUGUCCCUCCUCCCCUCUGUUUUUCUUCCCCUCUCCUUUUCUUAAACUUCUCUUGUCUAUGUCUUUCCCUUUCCUAUCCCCGGUCAUGUCUGUUCCGUUUGUAGUAACUAAAAAGUUAAAAAUAAAUAAUAUAACAAAACAAAACAAACUAAAAUAAAAUAAAGCAAAAAGAUCAAUCAAGUGGACUGUGAUUGCAUCAGCCACACAUGGACAAAAGUCAAUUCAUUUACUUUAUUAGUUUGGUUUGCACUUGCUUCACUAAUAUAAUUCAUUAAUGUUCUUACUUAAACCGAGCACUGAUGUUUUUUAAAAAUGUUUUUUCUUUUAUUAAUUAUGUUUCUCUUUGAGUUACCUGGUUUUGGGAGGUGGCUGUUUCCUGUCUGGGCAAAAGGCUUGGCCAGGAACAACCAAAUACUUAUGAGAAACAGGGGUGUUUUAAGUUUAGUUGUGUUAUUUUGUGCUGAGUUAGUGUUUGUUUUUUGUUUCCCCUGAUUGUGUGUAAAUGUUUUGGCCAAACCACUAUAAAAGCUGCCCUCCUGUGUCUUUGUGUUUAGGUCAGUUUGUGAGUUGUUUCCACCUUGUUUAAAUUUCU